UGUUUGUUCAGCAGGAUCGGCUGAGUCAAGAAAAUCUCCUCUGGGGGAGGGGGUUGAGCAGAGGAUCUUCAGGCAAAAUCGUGAGAAAUGCUAGCCCACAAGAWAAAGAUUUCCGGCAAAACUUGAGCUUAAAAUGUUGCCUUUAACGUUUUUUGUGCUCUUUGUCGUUUUAGAGCGGACCGCCUUGGCAAUYAAAGAUUGCGAUAAUCCUCUACUAAAUGGCAUUACUUUGACGUCAUCAUCGGCACUUUCUGUAAAAUUUUCUGCGAAGCAUGCUCAGUUGACCUCCAACUCUGCCUGGUGUCCGAAAAGUAAUUUUACUGACAGAGAGUACCUCGAGGCAAACUUUUCUUCUCUUAAGUUAAUAACAAGAAUAAAGAUAAAAGGAGAAGCCAAUGUGGUGGUUAACAGUACUGCCAGGACAGUUACCAAGUAUUUACUUCAAAUAAGCAACGAUGGAAAUACGUUCUACGAUCUAAAGCAGAUUUCUCAGGAUSACGUAUCUCUUGAAGUCAAUGCAGCGGUUGUACGCUUUGUCCCAUUGGCAUAUGACGUCUUUCCGUGUAUGAGAGUUGCUGUCUAUGGCUGUGAAGCUCGAUCACAAGAAACCUUUUGGAAGAUAUAA